AUGGAUGUAUUUUUCUCCCCACAGCUCUGUGCUCAAGCCUUGCAGAGGGAGAUGGCAGAGAGGAAGGCUGCCUGCAAGCAGCACAGCUCUUCAGGAAUCCCCAUCUCCCCAGAGCUCUUUGUGCCCACGGAUGGCACCUCCAAAGACUCAGUUGAAGGGAGACUUUAUGGCAAUGAUGCUGCCAUUUUGAAACCUGGAGGAGGGAAAGGUGCAAGGGACUAUCACCUGAGGCAUAAGGCGCAGUUUUCUGGGACCUCAACAAACUCCUCCACUGGAGUGUCCUCUGGGAACUCAAGCACCUCUUGCACUAGAGAGUCCCCUGAAAACUUAACCACCUCCUCCACUCGAUUGUUCUCCAGGGCCUCAUCCAGCUCCUGCAGCUGUCAGUCCUCCCAGACCUCAUCCACCUGCAGCUGUCAGUCCUCUCAGACCUCAUCCACCUGCAGCUGUCAGUCCUCUCAGACCUCAUCAACCUGUAGCUGUCAGUCCUCCAGGACCUCAUCCACCUCCUGCAACUGGCAGUCCUCCCAGACCUCAUCCACCUGCAGCUGUCAGUCCUCUCAGACCUCAUCCACCUGCAGCUGUCAGUCCUCUCAGACCUCAUCAACCUGUAGCUGUCAGUCCUCCAGGACCUCAUCCACCUCCUGCCGCUGUCAGUCCUCUGAGACCUCAUCCACCUGCAGCUGUCAGUCCUCUGGGACCUCAUCCACCUCCUGCAGCUGGCAGCUCUCCCGGACCUCAUCUACCUGCCGCUGUCAGUCCUCCAGGACCUCAUCCACCUCCUGCAGCUGUCAGUCCUCCCGGACAUCAUCCACCUGCAGCUGUCAGACCUCCAGGACCUCAUCCACCUCCUGUAGCUGUCAGUCCUCCCGGACCUCAUCCACCUCCUGCAGCUGUCAGUCCUCCCGGACAUCAUCCACCUGCAGCUGUCAGACCUCCAGGACCUCAUCCACCUCCUGUAGCUGUCAGUCCUCCCGGACCUCAUCCACCUCCUGCAGCUGUCAGUCCUCCGGGACCUCAUCCACCUCCUGCAACUGGCAGUCCUCCUGGACCUCAUCUACCUGCAGCUGUCAGUCCUCCGGGACCUCAUCCACCUCCUGCAGCUGUCAGUCCUCCGGGACCUCAUCCACCUGCAGCUGUCAGUCCUCUGGGACCUCAUCCACCUCCUGCAGCUGUCAGUCCUCCGGGACCUCAUCCACCUGCAGCUGUCAGUCCUCUGGGACCUCAUCAACCUCCUGCAGCUGUCAGUCCUCUGGGACCUCAUCCACCUCCUGCAGCUGGCAGUCCUCCCGGACCUCAUCUACCUGCAGCUGUCAGUCCUCCAGGACCUCAUCCACCUCCUGCAGCUGUCAGUCCUCCAGGACCUCAUCCACCUCCUGCAGCUGUCAGUCCUCCCAGACAUCAUCCACCUGCAGCUGUCAGUCCUCCAGGACCUCAUCCACCUCCUGCAGCUGUCAGUCCUCCCGGACCUCAUCUACCUGCAGCUGUCAGUCCUCUGGGACCUCAUCCACCUCCUGCAUCUGUUGGUCCUCUGGGACCUCAUCCACUUCCUGCAGUGGUAGGUUCUCUGGGACCUCAUCCACCUCCUGCAACUGUAGGUCUUCUGGGACCUCAUCCACCUCCUGCAGCUGGUGGUCCUCUCGGACCUCAUCCAUCUCCUGCACCAGUAGGUCCUCUGGGACCUCAUCCACCUCCUGCAGCUGUUGGUCCUCUGGGACCUCAUCCACCUCCUGCAGCUCCUUGUCCUCCCGGACCUUAUCCAUCUUCUGCAUGUUUCUGUCCUCCGGGACCUCAUCCAUCUUUUAUAGCUGCCUUUCCUCUGGGACAUCAUUCAUCUUUUUGUUCUGUGAGGCCUCUGGGACCUCCGACUACAUCCUCACUUAGUAACCUCUGGAUCCUCAGCCACCCCUUCUACCUGGGUGGCCUCUGGCCCCUCAACAACCACCUUCACAUGAAUCUCCUCAGCUACUUCAAUAAUCUCCACUUGUGGUCCCUGGGACUUCAGCCACCUCCUCCACCAGGGUCUCCUCUAGUACAUCUGCCACCUCCUCCACUUGCCUGGCCUCUGCUCUCUGAACCAACUCCUCUGGGACCUCAACCAGCUCCCCUACCCAUUGUGGCCUGUAAGACCUCAACCACCAACUCCACAUGUACCACUUGGAUAAUUUUGAAAUUUGAAGAGUCUCCUGGACCAUGAUAUCUUGGAAAAGUCUCCACCAUAUUUGAUGCUCCAUGCCCCGUGCUUCCUCCUC